CCCUCCACGGAGAAUUUCCUCCGGGAAUCUGCCACUCUCCUCCUCUCCGCAACUCCUCUCGGUCUCUCCCACCCCCCUUCUUCGAAGCUUCCCAGAAUAUCAGCAUGUCUUGAGAUGUGACGUUGGAUUUCACCAGCAUGCCAGGGCCUAUUGCAUGUGCUUGAAGUCCAAAGCUGCUGGGAGGAACGUCGUCUUGGAUGUAUCGCGUUAUGUUGCCUCUUGAAACUGAGCUCGGGUCGGCUGCCGCUGGAGAUGGGAUGGCAACAGAAAGGGAAGGCCAUAGCUCUGUGAUAAAUCGUCUGCUUUGCAUGCAGAAGAAGAUCCCGGGUUCAAUCCACGUUGGGCUGGGACAGACCCUUGAGGCUGAAAUCCUGGGCAGCUGCUGCCAGUCAGUGUAGACAAUACUGAGCUGGAUGGACCAAUGAUCUGACUUGGUAUAAGGCAGCUUUCUAGGUUCCUAUUGAAAUUAGCCCUUUAUUCAGAAUCCCAAGGACUGGAAUCUUAGAUUUCUUUUUAGAGAAAGGAUCAUAGCUCAAUCUCCAGCAUCUCUAGAUAGGGUUGGGAAAAAGGCUCCCUGCCUGGAAUCCUAGAGAGCCGCUGCCAGUCAGUGUUGACAGUACUGAACUAGGUGGGCCAGUGGCUCCGACUCACUGCCUUAUAUUGACGUUUCUGCAAGAAAUUCGAUUUUGUUUGCAUUUUAAUGAGAAACUACCCAGUUCUCACUUUUCAAGCCAAUAUGCAAAACAAAACAUAACUAUCCUUUGAAAUGUGCACUCCCACAAAUUUUGAGAUGCAGAUCUCCAACCAUUGUGUAGGAAGGUGCAUCUGUUAGUGAAAAUAACAUAAACAUGCAUUAAAUUAGGGGGAAUUGCUUGCAAAAAUGUCUGGAAAUCGUUCUGGAUUUGAAUCCUUCCUCUGCUUUGGAAACCCUUCCCUUCUGGCUGCUUUCUUACUCUUGGAGAUGCAGAAGGACCCCAAUGGUAUCUCCAGGUAGGUCUGUUUAAGUCUGGACAGCUGCUGCCAGCCAGUGCAAACAAUAUUGAGUUAGAUGGACCAUUGGCCUGAUUUUGCAUAAGGCUGCCCAAGGGCUCCUAGCUUCAAAUCAAAGGAUUGCAUUGUUUCUGAGCCGGGAUAGCCUGACCACUGUUGUCCACGCACUGGCAACCCCCAGGCUGGAUUACUGUAAUGCUCUCUAUGUGGGGCUGCCCUUGAGGUUAGUCUGGAAGCUGCAGCUGGUGCAAAAUGCAGCGGUGAGACUGCUCACUGGGGCAGGGUAUCGCCAACAUGUCACCCACUGCUGAAAGAAUUGCACUGGCUGCCCAUCAGUCAUUGGGCCAAGUUCAAGGCUCUAGUUUUGGUGUACAAAGCUCUAUACAGUUUGGGACCAGGAUACCUGAAAGACCGUCUUACCCCUUGUAUACCCAGUCGAUCACUGCGCUCUGCAGGUGAGGGCCUCCUGCAGAUCCCAUCUUAUCAGGAGGUCCAUUCUGCACAACAUAGGAAACAGACCUUUAGUGUGGCGACAACUACCCUGUGCAAUUUCCUCCCUUAAAUAUUAGGCAGGCGCCAUCUCUGUUGUCUUUUCGGCGCCUAUUGAAGACCUUCCUCUUUCGACAAGCCUUUUAAGUCGAGACCUUAUCCCAGUCUGCGUCUGUGUUGGAAUUGCUUUUUAAUAUGUCCUUAAACCUUCUUUUUAAAAAUGUUUUUAAUCUUAGAUGAUGUUUUUAUGAAACGUUUUUAAAGAUGUUUUUGUUUUAAUGUGUUCUAAAGUUUGUUUUUGUGAUGUUUUUAAAGUUUUGUUUCCUGCCCUGGGCUCCUGCCGGGAGGAAGGACGGGAUAUAAAUCAAAUAAUAAAUAUAUAUCUCCAGCCCAAAGGCUUCCUGACCCAGCAUCAGUCAGAGUGAACAAUCGUGAGCUAGGUAGACCAGCAGUCUGACUCUUUUUAUCAUGUCAGCUUGUUAUGCCCAUAACCCAAAUCCUGCCAUGCUUCUUUGUUGCGCCAGAAGGACCCAUAGUUCAGUGACACAGGCCGUGCGUGCUCCUUUGGGAGGAAGAGCAGGAUAUCAAUUCGAUAAGUAAUAGUGCUUUACAUGUGGAAGAUCCCAGGUUUGAUCUCUGGAAUGAAAAGAUCCCAGAUGUCAGUGCUGGGAUUAUGCAAACCUGGCCACUGCCAGUCAGAGCAGACGGUUCUGGGCAAGUUGGGCAAACGCUCUGAUUCGGGAGAAUGCUCAUCGUCUGGAUCAAAUGACACCCUUCCACAUAACAGUCACACAGACAAACACAAAAUUGUGCCAAAGCCAGCAUGCUGUAAGGAGUUCCUUUUGUGUAUUAAGACUGUCCCGUCUUCACUACUGGGAGGUAUUUGUGUGCGUGGGGGUGUUGCAUCGUCAUGGUCCCAUUGACAACUGGCAGGUAUUUGCGAGGAGCAGCAGCUAAAGGUCAGAGCAACUUUUUACCUUGCUGGAGGGGGAGGAUUGAACGCCAAGGCUGCUGGGCGGACCAGCUGUGAGUUGAUCUGCCUACAAGUGCAAUUGGACCGUGGUCGCUGCAGCAAGGGCACAAGGGUAACUGGCCCCCGACUGGCUUUACGUUUGAGGCCAAUCCCGCCUUGCAGGGAUCGUCACUUUUGUUUACUGUGCCAUAUCAGCUCAGGCAUUUUUAUUUUUUUUGCACCUGGGUUUCUAGGACUGUGCUUUUCAGAGCCCAGUGGUUGCUGCUGGAAGCCAACCACGAUUAUGGGGGGCUUCUGGCCUCGUGAGCUGUGGAGGCAGGCCAUUUGCCCCCUUGUCCCUGGCUUACCCCUGCCGGAGACAGCGACGACGAAAGAAACUUGGCCUGCGCAGCGCCGCUGUCAGUUGGGCCUCUGCCAAGCUGUUUGUUUAGCUUCCCAGCUGGGGGUGGGCCGUGCGGCAAAAAGUUUCCUGGGAGCAGGCUGGACAAAAACGUGUGUGCAAAAUGCGGCUCUUGCUUUGGGAUGGAGGGGCAGCUCAGCCCCUUGAAGAAAGGUGGCCCCUGCUGGGCUGGUGAGCCCCCACCCCUGUGGGGAUCUCUGGUUUGCACGGAAGCAUCCAUGGAAACUCAACCAGUCCAGGGCCAAGAAGGCAUAUUCUUCGGGGCCAGCUUCAAAGAGGACAAGGCCCAGCUGGGUGCCCCUGCGUGGCACUGACCUGCCAUGGCUCUGGGCUCCAUCAUUUGCUGCUGUGGUCUGAGUCUGUUCCAGAUUCCCCGCAGCUGCCAACCGCACUCUCCCUGCUUCCAGAGGGAAUGAUCGCCCAAGUUCUCUGAAUUUGUGGGUCGGCAGGAACGUCUCUGGGUGAUGAACCCUUCCAAGGCACACGGUUCUCCAGGGGCCUCCCCGAACCCCUCACCCUGCAACUCGCCUGUCCUCGUCAGGAAGAUGAUGAUGAAUCAAAGCCUUCGUCUCCAGCGGCGAUUCACCGUGGCCCACCCACUUUGUUUUGACAUCGAGAAUGGCUUUUCCCCGGGACGGAGCCCGCUGGACCCCCAGGCUCCCUCGGGUCUGGGGCUUGUGCUCCAGGGAGCCACCCCACACGGCCAGCGUCGAGAAUCCUUCCUGUAUCGCUCAGACAGCGACUAUGACCUCUCACCCAAGGCCAUGUCCCGUAAUUCUUCCGUCGCCAGCGACAUGCAUGGAGAAGACUUGAUUGUCACCCCUUUUGCACAGGUCCUGGCCAGCCUGCGGACAGUUCAGAGCAACUUUGCUAUGUUGACCCACCUGCAGGAACGCAUCGGCAACAAGAGAGCAUCUGGAGCAGGCAACCUGUCGUCCACGUCCAAAAGCAGCCUGUCAGAUUGCCCACCUCAGCAGCGUCCUUUGCUGUCUUCCGAGGAUGCCUACCAAAAGUUGGCCGUCGAGACCCUGGAGGAACUGGACUGGUGCUUGGACCAGCUGGAGACUCUGCAGACCCGCCAUUCGGUUAGCGAGAUGGCGUCCAACAAGUUCAAAAGGAUGCUGAAUCGGGAACUGACACACCUUUCAGAAACAAGCCGUUCUGGCAACCAAGUAUCCGAGUACAUCUGCAACACUUUCUUGGACAAGCAGCAUGAAGUGGAAAUCCCGACCCAGCCUCCCAAAGAGAAAGACAAGGAGAAGAAGCAGCACCCGAUGUCGCAGAUCAGUGGCGUGAAAAAAUUGACGCAUAGCUCUAGCUUCAGUUGCGCCACCAUCCCUCGCUUCGGGGUCAAGACGGACCAGGAGGGGCUGCUGGCCAAGGAAUUAGAAGAUGUGAACAAAUGGGGCCUUGAUGUCUUCAAGAUCACCGAGUAUUCUGGACACCGUCCACUGACAGUCAUCAUGUACAGCAUCUUCCAGGAGAGAGACUUGCUUAAAUCUUUUCAAAUCCCCGUGGACGCUUUCAUCACGUUCCUGAUGACCUUGGAGGACCACUACCACGCUGACGUUGCUUACCACAACAACAUCCAUGCAGCUGAUGUGGCACAAUCCACACACGUCCUGCUCUCCAUGCCAGCUUUGGAGGCUGUGUUCACUGACCUGGAGAUUCUGGCUGUCAUCUUUGCAGCUGCCAUCCAUGAUGUUGACCACCCUGGUGUCUCAAACCAGUUCCUGAUCAACACCAACUCAGAACUGGCAUUGAUGUACAACGAUGCAUCGGUGCUGGAGAACCACCAUUUGGCCGUGGGAUUCAAACUUCUACAAGAGGAAAACUGUGACAUCUUCCAGAACCUCUCUAAGAAGCAGCAGCAGUCGCUCCGCAAGAUGGCGAUUGACAUGGUCCUAGCAACAGAUAUGUCCAAACACAUGAACCUUCUGGCUGAUCUGAAGACUAUGGUAGAGACCAAGAAGGUGACCAGUUUGGGAGUCUUGCUUUUGGAUAACUACUCAGACCGCAUUCAGGUGUUGCAGAACAUUGUACACUGUGCAGACCUCAGCAACCCAACCAAACCACUGGAGCUGUACCGCGAAUGGACUGACCGAAUCAUGGUGGAAUUCUUCCACCAAGGGGACCGAGAGCGAGAGAAGGGCAUGGAGAUCAGCCCCAUGUGUGAUAAACAUAAUGCCUCCAUAGAGAAGUCCCAGGUGGGAUUCAUUGACUACAUAGCUCAUCCGCUGUGGGAAACCUGGGCUGAUCUAGUUCACCCUGAUGCCCAGGAAAUCCUGGAUACUCUCGAAGACAACCGGGAAUGGUACCAGAGCAUGAUCCCUCACAGCCCGUCGACACCUCUUGAUGAGCCAGGAUCCGAGAAAGGAGGCGGCGGCGGCGGCCCUGAUAAGUUCCACUUCCACCUCACCCUGGAAGAGGAAGAUGGAGAAGAGUCGGACCCGGAGCAAGAGAGUGAGAGCCCCCUGGAGGAAGAUAACAGUGAAUCCAAAGCUUUGGGAACCACGGACGACUCGGAAUCUGCAAACGAGCCGCUGUCCUCCCCCACGGACAAACUGGGCAGCCCCCACAGGAAUGCCCUGGCGAAGCAGCAGGAGGCAUGGGAUGCUGGCAACCAGAGGACACUCUCGCAAAGUGGCAGUGGUUCGGUGGCAGCCCCCUCCGAGUUAGAAAGGAGUGGGAGCACGGCUGGUACAGAGCCAUGCCUUGACAAAGAAGGGAAUAUCACUUUUUUGCCCCUGGGGACGUAAUGGGGGGACGGCAGUGUUGUUGCUCCAUUCUGGCAGCACCUUGGCGUGGGUGUCUUAGCCGGUGCCUUUCCGCCAGCAGCCUCAGACUCCGCUCCCCAAUGCAAGCGACUGCCACUGUGGUUUUUUCCUCAUCCAAAGAAAUCCGUGGGAGGACACCAGGUUUGAACUGCAGGCGUGUGCUCACCAGGGGCAAAACGCCAAGCUCUUCCUUCCAGCAUUUCUCCUCGCAGCAUCCGGGUUGCGCCAAGCCCAGCUGAGCAGAGGUGAUUCCUCACUUUCUCUCGUCAGAUCUGUCCACGUCGCCAUCUCCCAGCGUGGUUUCAGCUUGGACAGAGCCUGCUUCUUGCUUUCAGACAGCCCCUGGCGGAAGAGGGUCUGUCUUACUCAGGCUUUGUGUGCAGAGCGUCACGUCUUUAAUCCCUGACAUCUCCAGUUUUUUUUAAAAAAGGAUUUUGGGUAACUUAAGCGGGCCGGGAACAGGAUUUUCCCCCAACUGUGAGAUGGACCUGGGGAGCCAUUGUCAAUCAGAGUAGACAAACACUCAUGGUCUGACUCAUGUGGUUCUCUGAAAAUGCUGGUUUCAUUUGGGGGGUGGGCUCCAUGGUGGAGCAUCCAGGUUCGACCCCCACAUCUUGAGGAAGCAGGGCUAGGAAUGGCCUUUCUCCUUCUGGGAGCAUGCUGCCAGUCAAGGCAGACACUGAAGGGUUUGAUGGACAAGGUAUCAGACUUGCGGAGGCAGCUUCAAAUGUUCUGAAAGAGGGGGGCUGUGCAGAGAGAAAGGACUCCGCCAUGGUUCCCUCAGCAUAAGCAAACCAGUUUCCCUCCAGCUCUCCCAGAGAGAAGCAUUCACCCUGGGAGAUUGCCUCCGUCCAGUUACAAAGUGCCAGCGGCUGCAACGGCUGCCCACCAUUGUGAUGUCAGGCCUUUGGGAUGGGAAACUCAUCCCUUUGUCUUGUCCUGUUUUGUUGCCACGCUUCUCCUGGUAUCCACAGAAGUCAAGGCCUUGCUUCACAUGAUCUCAUCCUGAUAGCUGCAGGGAAAAUAACUCCCUUUAGGCAAAUCUCCUUGUGGUUUUUUUCUGCCCCAUGGAAAUAUUUCCAGAAAGCGAUAAAAAUCUACCUUUUUUUUUGAAGGCUCUGUUUUGGAAUGGAAACACACGAUAAUUCCCCGCCCCCUUUACAUUUUGCAUAAAGGGGGAAACUUUAGUUUCAUAUCCACUUUGUUUUGUGAUACAUGUUCCAUUUAUUUAUUCAUUUAUUUAUCGGUUUCUCCCAGUGCAGUAUUUUUUUCAGAAGGCAGGAAAGGAUCUGGGGAGAGAUGAAACUGUUUAUUUUAAAAUAAGAUCUGGGUGAAAAAAUGGUCUCAAGAACAAAAUAUUAAACAAACAUUAUUGUAAUAUUUAGCUAAUCCCUGCCCCUUAACAUUACUUCUAAUAUAAAUUGUUUUUUGUAAUGGGCUCUGACAAAAUUUAGGUUCCAGUGGAAAGUUUUGACACUUUCCCUGAACAAUAUAAUUUUUAAUUGGAAAAACAAACUAACAAGAUAAUUUGGCCCUUCUGAACGUUUGACCAUUUGGAACUUUCUUACAGUAAAUAAAAUCCUUACCCUUUUCCACUAAAGGGGGAAAUUUCUUGCAGGAACUGUGUGCAUAUCUGACUGCAUAUAAGGCUCUGGAUUUAUGCAUUUGAGCAUUUUCAAUUUUUUAGGAGACUUUCCUCCCCAAAUGGCCCAUUUUUAAAUAAUUGUGUUUAAAUUGUCAAGAUUUUUUUCUUUAAAGCUGGAUUUCAAAUACGGGAAACCUAGGUGGCCCCCCAGAUGUUGCUGGACUCCAACUCCCAGCAGCCAGCAUGGCCAAUGGUGGUCAGUGAGAAGGAUGUGAGUUGGGGGUCAAAAAUGGCUCCACAGGGAAGGCUAUGCUAGCUUCCUGGCAGGUGGGUUGCUGUUGUUUACCAGGGGCGCAGGGGAAGGGUGGCCGGCAUGGUCGUCAAGUGCACCAUUAGGAGCACCAGAUUUGCCCAGCUUGGAGUGCAACAUGUGGAGGACCCUGAAAUGUGGAGGGGCAGCUUGGGUGGAUCAGGGCUAGCCUUUGCUGUUUUUUUAUUUAAUCUUAUUGGUUCUACACUUCCAAAUAUCCCAUACUUUCCACAAAGGAGGAUUGUUACAAAUGGUGUUUUUCGUUGCUAAAAAAUACUUCAGAUAACUUUAGAUGAACCAGAGUUCUGUUCAAUUCUUGAAUAUCUGUAGGCCAGUCCCCCUUGCCUUCAAGGAGACCCGCAACUCUGGUGGUCUCUGUCCAAUAUACAGUUCUCCCCAAUGGGGAUCUGCUGCCGCCACCACUUGAAGUUAUGCCGCCACCACCCCCGGGUUGCAGAGCAUCAUAAAUAGGAAGCAAAGUUUUCUGGGACUGCCAUCAGCCACUCCAAGUUAGGGUGGGAGGGCACAGGUUGAGAUUUGCAUUAUAUUUGCAUAUGCUAAUUUAUAUGUAUAGAUACAGAUUUCAAAAUCAUCACUAUAUUUAAAAAUGGAAACACAAUGAAAUCUCACCAUAGUGUGGAAAAGACUUUGGCCCUGUGUGCUGCCAACAUAGGCCGCCUUUUGGGUGCUCACUGUUGAUGGGCAAUUUCAAGGCACCCCUGCGCUCCCUUCUUAAGGUUGUCGCCAACUAAGUCCUACUCAGGGUAGAUCCAUUGAAAUGAAGGUACCCAAGUUAGCCAUGCCCAUGCUUUUCAGUGGGUCUGCUCUAAGUAGGACUCACACUGGACUCACAGCCAUUUAUCUUGAAAGCAGACUUGGAGCAGAAAACCCUUCCACCAGAGGACCAUGCUCUGUAAAGUAGGGCACAUGGCCACCCUAUAGCAAACAGCAGAGAGAAGUUGUAAAUGGAAGACCAAGGCUUGGAGAUCGGAUUCGAGAACCUGGCCAAGCCACCUUUUAUGGUCCUGGAAGGAUGAACAGUUGGUAGAAAGUGUAUCCGGUGGGGUCUUAUGUAAGUAUUGGAAAUCCAGGGAGUAUGUAAGCAAGAGUGACUCUAUGAGCUGGAUCCAGGGAGAGUCAGAGUCAGAGUAGACUCACUGAAACUAACAGACAAACAUGGCUCAUUUAGGUCCAUUGUUUUCAGUGGGUGGUAUCCAGUGUAGCACUAAGCAACGCAUUCUGUCAGCACAUGGAUUCACGCUUGUGCAGCAGAACUUCUACUCCCCUCUCCUCCCAUGUGCAUCUGUUCGGGGUUUGGAGUUAGGAGAUGGGGGUCCCAGGCCAUGACUGGUGAGGUUACCACCCUUAAUUUAUUUGGAAGGGCAUAUAUUUAUUUAACGGAGAUUUUUGUAGCCUUAUGUUUAACAAUAAUAAUAUGGACGUGUAAUAACCCUCACAACUGUGUUUUGCUCACUUAUCUUGUGUUGUUAGAUACUGGUAUUACUGUGACUUGCACUCAGAAGUUAUGUUUUUCACAUUGCACUUUUGAGUUUGCUGACCAGCUACUGAGGCCUGGCCUUGUAGGCUGGGCCGUUGGAAUUAUAAGGGAGAGAUUCUUGUUUUCUAUGGCAUUUGGUCUUCCGUGCAAGAUGAACCAUUCCCCACCUUUCCUUUUUUUGCAAUGUAAUUUCCAUGUAAAAAUGCUGAUUUUUAUUUUUUAUUUUUUUAAAAAUCAUGCUAUAAAGCUAUAACGUUUGAAA